CUCUCCCAGGGGACUGACGCGCCCGUUCUCCGCGCCAGGCUCGGCUGCGCCUCUGAGGUGCGCUUCGUCGCGCCGGGCUGGAGAACUGCCUGCAGCUGCCGCGCGGAGAGAGGGCCUUCCUCGCCGAGUGGCGUCCGUUUCCGGGGUCGGAGUCUGCACCCCAGCUGGGCCGCCUUCCAGCUCAGGACAGACCGAACAGCAGAACGAGCUGGAGGGACUUUAAAUAUGUCGGGGAUCGCCCUCAGCAGACUUGCCCAAGAGAGGAAAGCCUGGAGAAAAGACCACCCUUUUGGUUUUGUGGCUGUCCCGACAAAAAAUCCCGAUGGCACAAUGAACCUCAUGAACUGGGAGUGCGCCAUUCCAGGAAAGAAGGGGACUCCGUGGGAAGGAGGUUUGUUCAAGCUGCGGAUGCUCUUCAAAGAUGAUUACCCAUCCUCACCUCCAAAAUGUAAAUUUGAACCACCAUUAUUUCACCCAAACGUGUACCCUUCAGGCACGGUGUGUCUGUCCAUCCUGGAGGAGGACAAGGACUGGAGGCCAGCCAUCACAAUUAAACAGAUCUUAUUAGGAAUACAGGAACUUCUAAAUGAACCAAAUAUCCAAGACCCAGCUCAAGCAGAAGCCUACACGAUUUACUGCCAAAACAGAGUGGAGUAUGAGAAAAGGGUUCGAGCACAAGCUAAGAAGUUCGCACCCUCAUAAACAGCGGCCUGUGGCAUCGCAAAAAGGAAGGGAUUGGUUUGGCAAGAACUUGUUUACAACAUUUUUGGAAAUCUAAAGUUGCUCCGUACAAUUACUAGUCACCUGGGGAGGGUUGGGUGGGUGCCAUCUUCCAUUGCCGCCACGGGGACACAGUUCUUGAUUCGCUGAAUUGCCCAGAUUUUCAUACAGGGUCUCUUCCUUCAGUCUUUUGUAUUUUUGAUUGUUAUGUAAAACUUGCUUUUAUUUUAAUAUUGAUGUCAGUAUUUCAACUGCUGUAAAAUGAUAAACUUUUAUACUUGGAUAAGUUCCUGGAGCUAGCUCCCUCUCUGGUGCAGGCAUGCUUCACACCAUAGGGCUGCACUUGGCCUCCCGCUGGCUGCGUGGAAAACAAAAUCACACUAGUCCCUCCCUCCACCUUCGUUCUCUUCAGAAUCUGGGUUGUAUUGCUUUUGAGCCUCAGAUCCAAAGCCAGCCAGCAUCUGAUUCGCAUCACUUCCUUUGUGUUUAUAUGGCGUUUUGUCUGUGUUGCUGUUUAGAGUAAAUAAACUGUUUAUAUAAAGGUUUUUGUUGCAUUAUUGUCAUUAAAAAUGUGAGGAGGCCCAGGAGUGCCCUCCCCCAAGCGCAGGCCUCAGAGCACCAGCCUCAGCCUUGUGGGCCAGGGCCAGGCCAGCGAUGAGCAUGUCACACUGGCUGGGUUUCCAGAUGUACCCAGGCCCUGUGUGACUCUCUUGUCCUGGUUCCUUGUAAAUAGGACUAUGUACACAGCUGGCUUGAGGCUUCUGUUCUCCCCAGCCCAGCCCGUUGUAAAGUAUUAGACAGUUCAGAUCAGGCUGAGUUGGAACUGGUUUUAAGACCCUUGUGAUGCAUGUGGGUCAGAAGCUGAUGUCUGCAGCAUCAGGCUCCAAGGGGAUGCAGUGAAGCCAAGUUGGGACCACUGGCAGGGGGUGCACAUGCUGUGGUGGCCAGGCAGCAGCGAUAGAGCCUUGCUCAUGGACACAGUGGCAUCUGCCCCUAUCCUGUCUGUGCUGUAUGCCCUACCCAGGGGCAGCCGUUUGCCUCCACAUGCCGUUCCCCACAUCUUGGGAUCCCCAGAAGCGGCAGGUGGAUGGGCCCUUGGUGGUAUCUUGACCCCAGAACUUUUAAGGUACCACUGUCUGUAGUCCUUAUCCUGAGGCUUUCUGAGCCCAGGGCGCAGCCUCAAGCCUAGAUGUUCUGCAGGAUGGCACAGUUGGGGGUCCAGAGAGGCAGGGCCCAGCACUCCUACCCUCUGACCUGGCCCCCAGCACAGCGAGUAGGGCAUUUAUCAGAUGUGCUCUGGAGCCUACCGCCUAGGUACCCUCACUGUUAGAGCGGGGUGCCUGUAAGCUCAGGCACAGACCAAGGGCCCCAAAGGCUUAAGGAGUACAGAGAGGGCUGGUCAUGGGCCCCAGGAGGAAGAGGCUUGGUGUUGCUCUGGUCCACAUAGGACCCCAGCUGCCAGCCAGGAAUCUAUCUCCAAUGUUAGAGGUGACUUCGGAAGGCCCUAGAGCUGGCAGCACUGGUGGCUCUGAGGUUUGAGUGCCUUGAUUGCUUUCUCAGCUGUACGUUUUGUCGGGUUGCUAAGCUCUCGGUUUGAUAUUUGCAACUUAUAACUCAGAGGGCCUUACCUGGGGAUUCAGCCAAGUGUGUCCUUGUAGCUGCUCCGGAAAGUCGUCUUUUGUAAUGGCUGAACUACAUUUAGCAUUAGUUACACCUGUAUAUGGUUAAUGUAUAUGAAAAUUCAAUAUAUUUUAUAGUUAAAGUAUCCUAAAGUAAUUGAUGUUUCUAGCAAACUGUAGUGACUUCAGCUAAUGAAAUGUUUCCUUUGUACCACAGUCCUGGGCUUAGCAAAGAUGUGAAUCUUGUAACUUGAGCACUCUGGAAUGUGACCCCGUGGCUAAUGUCAGGGAUAGAGUGUGUUCUCAGCAUAGCACCUCGGGAUUGGUCAGGAAUUGUGGACAAUAGAUUAACCACUGUAUCUAAGAAUCCUCAAAUUAAAACGUUUCCACAAUC